UAAAUCAAAGGUUCUGGCUGCUAUGAUGUUAUUAGCUGCAGCUGUGCUUAACUAAUGACAGGUCUAUGAAAAGGUGCCAAUCCACAAGGACUGUGUGAGGAGAACGGAUGUGACAGAUUUGACACCUGGUCCAUCCCACUACAAAUCACAUAAAAUGUAGGAAACCUGAGGAGAGCUGGGUGUUGUAUUUUCACUUUGGAAAUGCUGCCGCCCUGUGAUGUCUAUGGGAAUCACACGUUGACGGAUCAUUAAUGUCUCAAUGCAGAGAACCCAAACUGGUUAGGGGAUUUGCAGGGGAAAAAAUGUGAAACAACACCGGCAUCUAAAGGCCAUUUGAGGAACUGCAGCUUCUGAUGUACUGCAUUGACUUCAACUUGUCAUGGCCAUACAAAAUACUGCACCAGCUGAACAGUGUUUUCGAGUUGAAACUCUGCUGCUCAAACAGAUCGUCUUCUACGAGGACAAGAACUACCAGGGUCGCAGGUAUGAGUGUGACAGCGACUGCAGCGACUUCCACUCAUACCUGAGUCGUUGUAACUCGGCCCGCGUGGAGAGCGGGACCUGGGUGAUCUACGAGAGACCAAACUACAUGGGGUACCAGUACGUCCUGACCAGAGGCGAGUACCCCGACUUCCAGAGCUGGAAUGGCCUCAACGACAGAGUCAACUCCUGCAAGAUGAUUCACUUUGCCAGUGGAGAUCCUUACAAGAUCCAGCUCUAUGUAAAAGGGGACUUUGGUGGUCAGGUGUUUGAAGCGACUGAGGACUGUCCCUCCGUGCUGGAGAAGUUCCACUGGAGAGAGGUUCACUCCUGCAGGGUCCUGGGAGGCUGGUGGGUCUUUUACGAGCACCCUCACUUCAAGGGCCGCCAGUAUCUGCUGGAGAGAGGCGAGUACCGCAAGCCGGUGGACUGGGGAGCCAUCUGCCCUACGGUGCAGUCUUUCAGAAAGCUAACUGAGUAGCCACUUUCCUUUUGUUUCACCUUUUCAUUGGCUGCUGAUUGGCUCAUGACUGAGAUCUGAGAGACCAAGACACAGCAGCAGCUACAAUAAAACUGAAUGAUGAGUAAUUACA